AUGGGACCCUCAAGCAGAUUAACUGGGAAAGAAGCUCUGACCCACUUCCCAUCCCUCAGCUCCUCAACAAACUCUGCCCAAGGGAAGGUUCAUGUGAAACAGUGUGACCUGCUGAAGCUGUCCCGCAAGCAGAAGAGACUUUGUCGGAGGGAGCCCGGCUUGGCAGAGACGCUGCGGGAUGCCAUCCGGCUUGGGAUCAUGGAAUGCCAGUAUCAGUUCCGCAGUGAGCGCUGGAACUGCAGCCUGGAAGGACGGACUAGUCUGCUGAAGCGAGGCUUUAAGGAAACUGCUUUCCUCUAUGCCAUGUCCUCAGCAGCUCUCACCCACUCCUUAGCCAGAGCAUGUAGCGCUGGGCGCAUGGAGCGCUGCACCUGUGAUGACUCCCCAGAUCUGGAGAACCGCAAGGCUUGGCAAUGGGGUGUUUGUGGAGACAACCUCAAAUACAGCACCAAGUUCCUGAAAAAAUUCUUGGGUCAAAAGAGGAUUGGAAAAGACCUGCGAGCCAAGGUGGACAUCCACAACACCAAUGUUGGCAUCAAGGCUGUGAAGAAUGGUCUCAAAACUACAUGCAAGUGCCAUGGUGUCUCCGGCUCAUGUGCUGUCAGGACGUGUUGGAAGCAGCUUUCACCAUUUCACGAGGUUGGCAGACUGCUGAAGCUGCGCUAUGAUGAUGCUGUCAAGGUGUUCAGCACCAGCAAUGAUGCAGUGGGACACUCGGAGCUAGCUGGCCCCCACAGACACAGCCAUUCCUCCAAGCAUCCCUCUUCACCCCGUUCCACUGACUUGGUGUAUGUGGAAGACUCCCCCAGUUUCUGCCGACCCAGCAAAUACUCCCUGGGAACGGCGGGGAGGACCUGCUCUCGGGAGGGCAACUGUGACAGCAUGUGCUGUGGACGGGGUUAUAACACCCAGAGCCGCCUAGUUACUUUUUCUUGCCACUGUCAAGUGCAGUGGUGUUGCUAUGUUGAGUGCCAACAGUGCAUGCAGGAAGAGGUAGUCUACAGCUGCAAGCAGUAG